AGAUGGAUGGUUGAUCAUUCGCCAGUAUAAUGGUAUUUUGUCUUUAAGAAUGCCAAUUCACGACGCCAUAAUGGCCGACUACAACGUUGAAUGGGGGUACACAUCAAUGGAGAAGUUGCAACCUCACAAAUAAGUGGUAAUGCAUCUCAUCUAUGCACUAGGACAUGACAACUUCUUGGUCCACGUGUCAUCGUUCACACCACAUCUACCGUCACCGUUGCACGUCAGCACAGUCCCGAUGGUCACCACAACACGCUCCAGUUAAUCCUUUGCCAGAUCCCGUACCACAAUAUCCAGGAGUCGACCCAAGGAACUCACAUCCCAGAUGUCCCUCACAACCCCGACGUCACUCUCCAGCCUCGAGCAGUUUACAUGGGCCUCACCGCUCGGACCAACCAUGGAGCCUGACGAAUAUGUCUUCAUCCUCAGCUGUCUUCAGCCCUAUGCGGACAUGGCGCGCCUCUGUCGGUUGGCCCAGAAAAACUCUACAACGUGCUGUAUCGGCUCAUUACAACCACUAUCACAUCUGGGCUGCCAUCCAGGCUGUUAUUUGGGGAGGAGCCUUGACUGCCGUCGGUCUGCGUCAGAACAACAUUGUCCGCAACAGUCGCUGGCCAAACUCACGGCUAGCUUCGGCAUGUGUAGUGGUUCUCGGCUGCAUAUUCACGGCAUCAUGUGCAGUUAAGACUUCAGAGUUCAUCAAAGCGAUUCCACGAGGAUAUGAUGUAGUCAAGGUCAGAAACGACGAUGCAGGCACGGACCAUUUGUUCCUCAUCCGACGCGAUUUCAAUCGGAAAAGCGACCCAAGGAUUGUACCCAUGUAUCUGCUUUCAGGAUUGGGACUUGGGACGAUGAUCAUGGGCGCACGUAUUGCGUUCAAGAUGAGGAAGGCCAUGCGCUGAUUCUAUAGCAGGGGUAUGGGAGGUAUUCCACAUAGAAAUGAUGGAAUAA